UAUGGCUGUGGGGCUGGAAAACUGAGCGCGUAGCGAUACACACACAUUCACACACAGAAAGAGAGAGACAGAGCGACAGAGAGACGGAUAACAGUCAACAUGGGCAUCAAACUAUACUACACAACCGUCACUGCUUCGAGAGAGGUGAAGUCACAGCAGGCGGAAGUAAUGCGCAUCCUGGAGAGUAAGAACAUUCAAUUUGAACUGAUUGAUAUUUCAGUGGGAAUUAAUCUUCGUGAUGAGAUGAGGGCCAAAUCCAGCAACCCCACAGCAGUCCCUCCACAAAUUUUCAAUGAUGAUCAGUACUGUGGGAACUAUGAGAUGUUUUCAGAGGCAGUAGAGGCAGACACAGUGGCAGAGUUUCUGAAGCUGGCGUGAGCACCUCAACUGGUCAAAUUCAGUUCCUUGCCCUUCAUUGUCCUACCCCACACCCUGAGAGGAUCGUCUGUAUCCUCUCCUCUGCCUGCUGGAAGGGCCCACCUCCCCUUCUCUCAAUGCCAUGUUGACAUGCCAAAAACAUAUAGAGUACCCUCCCACCUCUCACCUCGGAAAGCACAAACCCACUGUGUAAUUUGGCCUUUCGGUUGGAUUAAUCUCAAUCACGUUUAAUGUGGCUGCUUAUAUUUUAUGUGAAUUUAUGUUUGUGUUUAUUGGUUGUUCUUGCUGGUUCUUUAGCUUCCAGUGUGUAAAUGUCUCUUAAUUUGUUGGAACUGGAUGUGUUGCAGUAAGCUCAGCUAAUCCUGACUGCUACAAACUAAUUACUCUUAAUCUUAUUAUAAUCCACACACUUAAAAGUCAUUUAAAUCUCCUGUGGAUCAAAACAGAGAGAAAUAGUAAAAAUAUAAGUAUUUUUCUUUCAGCCAGCUUUAACUCUGACCUGUGUUUGUUUUUACAUUGAUGAAUCCAUUACAGAUCACAUAGAUCAGCAUGCUGACACUAACUGUAUGCCAAUAUUUUAAAACCCAGGCAUUAAAAACUGCUUCAUGCUGGCCACAAUUUAUGUCACUUCAGAAACUGUCAUCAUCUGUCCAGAAAUAUGUUAGUACUGUACUGUGUUGUUAAGUAGUACUGAAUCUCUGCAUGCGUAUCGACAGCCACGUUCACAGUCAGUCAGUGUAGUGGAAACUGGAGCAUUCCAUUGUGUUGUAUAGUGCCAAUGCAUUUCUAUAAAAGUGUGUUUUCCACAUAAUCACACUCUUCUGCUAUCUGGGGCAAAUGCAAAGCUGUGUUUUUAAGAAAUGGUUUUCAGAAAAAUAUACAAAGUUGCCAAUAAUACUGAAUGGAGUACCCAAUCAUAUAAGUAAUGGGCUGGUGUGCCAGCAGAUUUUCAUUGUAACAAAUUGAAGACAAACCUGAUUCAACUUCUAAUAAAAUAUCCAUAUAUCAACCAUUUUCUCCCUUGUGGGAAAAAUCUAUUAUUUUUCAGUUAUUGAAAAAAGGGUUUUCUUUGGCAGGGAUUAAGCCUAGCCCUGGACUACAUUUUUCAUCUCAAUUCAGAAUAAUCUUUAGUCCAGGACUUGGAAUAAUCUGUCUUGGGAACUGACCCUGUGAAAUUCUUUGUUUAGAUGUAUAUUUAGCAUCUAUUGGUAAAGAAAAUAACUCAUUUUUUCCCAAAGGGGACAAAUUGUUGAUUUAUGCUGAUUUAAUCAAAAUUUGUUGGAAUUAAAAAAUUAGUUUCUUAAAUAACUGAUUACAUGUACUUCUGCUUGGCUGGAAUGAAAACCUGCAGCCACACCAAACCUUUGCAGAUAAGAUCGGACACCCUUAAUCCAGAACAACAUAAAUUAACAAACAACAGUAUUUAAUGCUAAUGUGCUAUUUUUUUAUUUUCUUUUUCUUAACCGUUUACUGUGGUUUCCACUAUAUAAUUUAGUUUGCCCCAAAAGGAGUUUUUUGGUCUUGUGGGAGUUGGUCUUCCUGUGGUAAAUUACUCUUCACCAUUACAUUCCCGACAGCGUCCAACAUAAUACAGAUUAGCAUCUCAUAUGAUUCUGAUAAUGCACUGAUUGCUGGCAUGUCCAUUAUCAAUUGUGUCCACUAUCCUGACUAGUUCACAUGCUCUGUUAGAACUGCAAGGUUUUGGUUCAGCGCUGAAAAUGGACAGACGGCACAGCUGAAGGGCCUACUUGUAUUGUAAUUAUGAGAGCUUGAUUUUGCUGAAGAAAUCUGCUAGACUUGAUGAAAAGUUUUGAGAAAGAACAUGUGCUGAGCUUGAUAAAAUUCUUCAUCUCACUGUUUAUUAAGUGUAAUGGCUUCCCAACUAAUGACUAUUCUAGUAUUCCUACAUUUAAUCAUGCUCUGAAAGAAAUCAACAGGCUACUAAAUAUAAUGAUUCAUAGCAGUAAUGAAAUCUGGAAAAGUAUUGAUAUGGGGUACUAACGCUAUACCCUAUGAUGUGUAAUUAAAGGGGAAAUCCACUGAUCUUUUGGAAUUUCAGCAUUAUUAAAUUAGUUAUUAAGAGUGGUUUAGUUUACACUUCUCCAAACAAACUUACUUAUUUCUCAUCACAGUGGUGGUGACAGGAAUAUAAAUCGAAUAUUAAACUAAGUCAAAAUAAGUUAUUACAAAACAUGGUGGAUUUCCCUUUUAAAUCAUGUAUGUAUGUUUGAUUAUCAGCAUGUUUGUGAACCUUUCUUGUGGUCUCUGUGCUGUGGUUUCUGUACUGCUUGGCUUUUGGACCAGUACCCCUUUUAGGCCAAAACAGGAAUUACUACAGAAAGAAACCAUGUUGUCUUCCAAGAAGAUUGUGAGUUGGUGAAGUAUGGGUCAAUAAAAAAAGAAAAACGUC